AUGGCGCCGACCCUCUCCGCCUCGGCAGCAGCCAUGCUCGCCAAACGCCAGCUUGCCCGAGCUCCGGCCGCUACCAGCCCGCUCAUGAUGGCGACGAGGAUGCUGGCCACUCCCUACCACCAGCAGCGGGGAUAUGCGACGCCCAAGGGACCGCCGCCGCAGAACUUCCGAACGAGCAAGCAGGUCGAGUGGGUGUGGGAAAAGGACAGCUUGUUGGACCGGCUGGGCAAGUACUUCCUCAUGACCGAGAUGGCCAGAGGAAUGUAUGUCCUGCUGGAGCAGUUCUUCCGACCACCCUACACCAUCUACUACCCAUUCGAAAAGGGCCCCAUUUCUCCCCGAUUCCGUGGCGAACACGCGCUGAGACGAUACCCCUCUGGUGAAGAGCGAUGCAUUGCCUGCAAGCUCUGCGAGGCCGUAAGGAACCCCGCCAAUAUUCGAGAGCGCAUUUGCAGGGAUGGGGAAAUGCUAACCGCGCACGCAAAACAGAUCUGCCCUGCCCAAGCCAUCACCAUUGAAGCCGAAGAGCGUGCCGAUGGCUCUCGCCGCACUACCCGCUACGAUAUCGACAUGACAAAGUGCAUCUACUGUGGUUUCUGCCAGGAAUCCUGCCCCGUCGACGCCAUCGUGGAGUCUCCCAACGCAGAGUACGCGACCGAGACCAGAGAAGAGCUGCUGUACAACAAGGAGAAACUGCUGUCCAACGGAGACAAGUGGGAGCCUGAACUUGCUGCCGCCAUUCGCGCAGAUUCACCCUACCGAUAA